AUGGCAUCGGUUUUGAAGCUUGUGCUUCUCCUGCUGUGCGCCUACCACACCCUCGUUGCUCACGCAGUAGAUGAUCUUCGCAGCUACUACAUGGUUCUGCCCGCUGGCUCUCUGAAAUCUGCCACCGUCAACUGCACCGAUCACAAAGCAGCGAGUUCACCAUCCGGCGGCGGCGUCAGGGUGCCGUUGCACCACCGGCACGGCCCAUGCCCCCCUGCCUCCUCCACGAAGGCGCCGACCUUGGAGGAGAUGCUCUGGCGUGACCAGCUCCGAGCUAACCACAUCAGGCGGAGGUUCUCUGGCGUCAAGGGUGGCGGCCUGGAGCAAUCGGACGUAACCGUGCCUACCACGCCGGGCCUCUCCCUGGGCACGUUGCAGUACGUGAUCACUGUCCGCAUCGGCUCGCCGGCCGUGAACCAGACCAUGUUCAUCGACACCGGCAGCGACGUGUCAUGGGUGCAGUGCAAGCCGUGCUCGCAGUACCACUCGCAGGCGGACCCGCUCUUUGACCCCAGAUCGUCGAGCACCUACUCUCCGUUCUCCUGCACCUCGGUCGCCUGCGCGCAGCUCCGCCAGAGCCAGCAGGCGAACGGCUGCUCCAGCUCCCAGUGCCAGUACAUUGUCAAGUACGGCGAUGGCUCGAGUACCACCGGGACCUAUAGCUCCGACAUGCUCGCGCUGGGCUCCAACGCCGUGAGCAACUUCCAAUUCGGGUGCAGCAAGUCUGAGUCGGGCCUCCUUCUCAACGACCAGACCGCUGGGCUCAUCGGGCUCGGCGGCGGCGCUCAGUCGCUCGCCACACAGACCGCGGGGACCUUCGGCAAGGCUAUAUCGUACUGCCUCUCGCCGACUUUGGGCUCGUCCGGGUUCCUCACGCUCGGUGCAGCAACCUCGGGUUUCGCCGUCAAGACGCCGAUGCUGAGGAGCAGGCAGCUCCCGACGUUCUAUUUCGUGCAGCUUGAGGCCAUCAGGGUGGGAGGCAAGCAGCUCAACAUACCCACCUCCGUCUUUUCGGCCGGCUCGUUCAUGGACUCCGGCACAAUCAUCACGCGCCUGCCGUGGACCGUGUACUCGGCGCUGUCGUCGGCGUUCAAGGCCGGCAUGAAAUACGGCCAGUCCACCGUCAACAUACUGAGCGUCGCACUGGUGUUCUCUGGGGGCGCCGUCAUCGACCUGGCCUUUAACGGGAUCAUUCUGGACAACUGCCUCGCCUUCGCGGGAAACCAUGAUGACAGCUCCCUCGGCACCAUCGGCAACGUGCAGCAGCGGACGUUCGAGGUGCUCUACGACGUUGGUGGCGGCGUCGUCGCGUUCAAGGCAGGCGCAUGCUGA